AUGACUAGAGAAACUUCCGUAGAUGUUCCUGCACGGCCCAAGUCCACAUUGGGUGUCUCCCCUUCAGGCUCAACGCAAUUGACUGGUUCACUCACCUCUCCCAAGCCAUCGCCCGACAGAUAUAGGAAUGCCAGCCGCCCCCAGGUCGACCCCUCUAACAACAGUGGACCAAGCAGAAUCCAGGCUGCGUCUGCAUCUGCAUCGCCAUCUGGCUCUGAGAGAGGCGGCAAAGUCCCGAAACACAGCGACCAGUGUCAUCCCAUGCUCACCAUGGUAGCUCCGACAGUGUUUCAUCCACCAGGUCUACGAGAUCCACCAGUCAAUAUUCUGGAACAUGGCCUCGUGACAGGCGUUGCUGUUGCCGGCCCUAUGCAUGCUCACUCCAUUUCAAAGCAGGACGUCAAGCUUGUCAAUGUCCCUCCACGAAGCGAUGCCAGCAAACGAUUGACCAAUCCUUCACCUCUCUCUAGACCUUCAACCACAAAUGAUGCCUCUUCACAGCCGACGCCGGCACCUCAAGAAUCACAAAACUUAGGGCUCUCUCAAUCAGCACAGCCAAAACAGGAAAGCCCAGCUGCUCAGCAGCUGGCAGCAAUCAACAAAGAUGCCAAAAAGAAGUCAAAACUGCGACGGGCCUUCUCCUUCGGAAGCGCCAACCAGCUUCGACGAGCAUCGGCAUACAACAACAGUGAUCAAAAUGUCAUAACAGACCAAAUUUCCAAACGGAAUUCUAAGUUUGAAGACGAGAUGGAUCCCGAGCAGGCCAAGAUUGCACAAAAACAAGAAGCCGGAGGUUUGGGCGAGAGCAUCUACUCUGGCCAGGGUAAUUUCUUUACCGGGUCCACUGACAACCUCUCCAUACAAUCAUCUGCCUCAUCCGCAUCAGUUAUGCUGAGAAAGAUGGGAAAGGGUGUCAAAAAAUCUACUAGGUCCAUUGUGGGUAUCUUUCGUCCCAAAUCUGUCAUUGGUGUCCCAGCAGCAGAUGGGCCCGCUGCUGGUACCGCUCAAGUGUCAAUGGUCACGGUGGAAGCAGAACGGGAAAAGGUCAACAUCAAUCUGAAUCCACAUGAUCAGGUUGGUGGUGGUACUGGAUUUCCAAAGCUUGAACGAAAUUCGAUUGAUGCCGGCACCUCCGUCGACACUGGUAGACUGUCGAAUGAUACUCGUUCUCGCCGAAGUAUAGUGGGUGGAGAGAAGGAGCGUGCCGAAGUUCUCGCCGCUGUGAAGAAGGGCAUCCUGAAGCGGAAUGACUCUAGUCAAUCUUCUCCUGCUACCACACCCCGGGCAUAUCGGGUUCCUGAGUUCAGCCUUCCUCAAAUCCCGCGUGUCAACGAUUCUCCCAACUCGAGUGAACCGAGCACUCCUAGUGAUGGGGCGCCGCCGCGUUCAGGCCAUCGUCGGACUGAUUCUGUCACCAUCGAAGGUAGCGACUCUGACUACUUCUCAUCAAUCACACAAUUCGCCGCACUCGAUGCUCCUGGUGCACCGAUGACCCCGCAAAGCUCUCUGGUUCGCAAUAUCUCCUUCAGUCCUCGCAUUCAAUUUUACGACACCUGGCCAAGUAUGGAGUAUGAUCGACGAGGUGACAUCGCCACCUGCAAUCGGCUGACCCCGAUGCUCGCACAACAGAUUAAAGAAGAACUUAAUACUUUUAAGAUGGAAAUGGAAGUCCAUGAAUCUUCCAAAGUGUACACUCAUUUCUUCUAA